ACUUUUAGUUAGCAGGUCUGUUACGUGUGGCGCGGCCGAGAAGCGAAAAAGGAUUAAAAAAUGGAUUUCAGAGCAAACAGAAGGAUUUUAUUUUUUACUGUAUUUAUUAACUAUGUAUUUAUUAGCCACCAGGCAAAAGAAGAGGUGCUGCUGGACAUGGAGGCCACCAGAGGAGAGCUGGGCUGGCUAGCGAGUCCAUACGAGAAGGGGUGGGACCUCCUUCAGAACGUGAUCAACGGCUCAAUGAUGUACAUCUACUCCGUCUGUAACGUCCAAGAAGGGGACCAAGACAACUGGCUGCGUACCAACUUCAUCCAGCGGAAGGACGCCUCUCGCAUCUUCAUCGAGAUGCGCUUCAUCGUGCGAGACUGCAACUCUUUCCCGGGCGGCUCGGUGUCCUGCAAGGAGACCUUCAACCUCUACUACAUGGAAUCGGAUGUGGAUUAUGGGACACACUUUCAAAAGCGCCACUUCCGCAAAGUCGCCACCAUAGCCCCUGAUGCCAUCACCACCAAGGGUGAAGAACAUCCCAACACGGAGAUGCGCAUGGUGUGGCCGCUGACCAAAAAGGGCUUCUACUUGGCCUUCCAGGACAUCGGGGGUUGCAUUGCGCUGCUCUCCGUGCGCGUCUACUACAAGAUGUGUCCCGGCACCGUCCGCAACUUGGCCCUCUUCCCAGAGACCGUCGCUGGAAUGGAUUCGCAGUCACUGACGGAGGUCCGCGGCACCUGCGUGGAGAACGCCGUGAGCAGUGACACUCCCAAGAUGCACUGCAACACCGAUGGGGAUUGGCUGGUGCCUAUUGGCCAGUGCCAGUGCAAGCCAGGCUUUGAAAUGGGCAACGACAGCUGCCAAGCUUGUAAUGGCGGCUUCUUCAAGCCCGAUGUGUCAAAUGGCCGCUGCAUGAAGUGUCCCAAGAACACGCAGCUGUCCCCUAAAGGCUCCUUGUCUUGCCUCUGUGAGGACAAUUACUAUCGAGCACCUGACGACCCGCUCACUGAGGACUGUACGGCACCUCCUUCGGCCCCUCGUAACAUUCUCACUUCGGUGUCCGGCACCCGACUACAGCUGUCAUGGCAGCCCCCUUUGAACACGGGUGGCCGCCGCGACCUCAGGUACAGCAUGACCUGCGAGCGCUGCACGGCGAAGGGGGAAACUUGUCAGCCAUGCGAGACCAACGUGCGCUUCGAGCCGCAGGCCAAGGACCUCAAGGAUUGCACCGCCACAGUUUGGGACCUGGAAGCCCACGUCAACUACACCUUCUGGAUCGAGGCCCAAAAUGGAGUGUCCCAUCUCAGCACGCAGCGGGCCGUGACCUCUGUCACAGUGAGCAUCAACCAGACAGAACCUCCAAGGGUGACCUCCAUGACUCUGGAAGAGAGUAGCAAGACCAGCCUGACCGUAUCCUGGCCGGUGUCCAAUCGCCACCUUGCUCGUGGCGGCCAUUAUGAAGUCAUGUACCGCAAGAAGGUGGAUGAGAAGAGCUACACGGUACUGAGGUGUGACCAGAAUUCUGUCACCAUUACCAACCUGAGUCCGUCCACCAAGUAUGUGUUCCGUGUGCAGGCUGUGAGUGCAGAGGGGCCUGGCACCUACAGCUCAGAGCACGAGUUCAGCACCCUGCCAGAUGCCGACAAGCACACUCAGAACGACUCGACUAUCAUUGCCGGUGCCGUUGUCGGUGGCCUUGCCAUGUUGCUGCUUGUGGGAAUCUUUCUGUUCCUCAGGAGGAGAAAGAGAAGCCCCCACGGUCGUCAAGGAGUCGAGGACACUUAUUUCAACCCUGAGCAACUGAAGCCCCUGAAGUUCUACGUGGACCCCCACACUUAUGAAGACCCCAACCAGGCUAUCUUGAAGUUUACCAGAGAGAUCCAUCCGAGCAACGUCACCAAGCAGAAGGUCAUCGGGGCUGGUGAAUUUGGGGAGGUCUACAAGGGUAUCUUGAAAUUCUCUGGAAAGAAGGAGACGCCGGUGGCCAUCAAGACACUCAAGCCGGGCUACACGGAGAAGCAGCGCAAAGACUUUCUGAGCGAGGCCAGCAUCAUGGGCCAGUUUUCUCAUCAGAACAUCAUCCGUCUGGAGGGCGUCGUCACCAAGAAUAAACAUGCCAUGAUUAUAACUGAGUACAUGGAGAAUGGCGCACUGGACAAGUAUCUGCGGGGCCGUGAUGGAGAGAUUCUGGCCUAUCAGCUAGUGGGCAUGCUGCACGGCAUCGCAUCAGGCAUGAAGUAUCUGUCUGACAUGAACUACGUCCAUCGGGACCUGGCGGCCCGUAACAUUCUGGUGAACAGCAAGCUCGAGUGCAAAGUGUCCGACUUCGGGCUGUCACGGGUGCUGGAGGACGACCCCGAGGGCACCUACACCACCACUGGAGGCAAGAUUCCGAUCCGCUGGACAGCUCCAGAAGCCAUAGCCUACAGGAAGUUCACCUCGGCAAGCGACGUCUGGAGCUUCGGCAUAGUCAUGUGGGAAGUGAUGGGCUACGGGGAGAGGCCCUACUGGGACAUGUCUAACCAUGAGGUGAUGAAGGCAAUAAACGAGGCCUUCCGGCUACCCGCUCCUAUGGACUGUCCGUCAGCCGUGUUUCAGCUUAUGGUGCAGUGCUGGAAGCAAGAUCGCAGCAAGCGGCCCCGCUUCCCCGACAUUGUUAGCCUCCUGGAAAAACUGAUGAUGAAUCCCGAUUCACUGAAAGCUAUUGCUGACUUUGACCCACGCGUGUCCAUCCGUCUUCCCAGCACAAGCGGGUCUGAUGGAACUCCCUUCAAGUCAGUGGCGGAGUGGCUGGAGUCGAUCAAGAUGAGCCAGUACUGUGAGAACUUCUUGUCAGCCGGCGUCACGUCUAUGGACCAGGUGGUGCAGAUGAAGGCAGAGGAUAUUCGUAACGUGGGUGUCCGACUGCCUGGCCACUUGAAAAGGAUCAUCUACAGCAUUGUGAGUCUCAAGGACCAGACGAGCACCAUGAGCGUCUUCGCAGUGUAGAUGCCAGCAUACGCCCAAUUCCGGUGCUUGGAAAACAGGCAGGAGGUUCAGGUCCAGUUGCUUCAUACCUCAGGGUGGCUGACCAGAGACAGAAACUGGCUGUUUCCGAUCAGAGAGGACUGAGUCAGCCCAACUCCUACAAUGGCACUGCCUAUAAACUUGAAACAGAAGAUUUCUAUUUAUCUAUAAAAAUGAGAGACAUGCAGAAGAGUUCUAUUUUUUUUUUGAAGUUGUAGCCAUGCUCUAGACCCGCAUCUGAUCUUCGAGUGGAGGCCACAUCGUUGUUGAUACAAAUCCUCUUUUUUUCCCAACUUAAGACUCCAACAUUCCUGAUUGGGAACUUGGAACAAGCAAGCCCACGACGCACGGGGUCUUCUCAAACUUGGCGUCACCUGUGCCACCCCGUGUCUCAUUCCGACACUUUAUUUUUUUUUGCUUUGAUUGGUGGGUGGCCUUUUCCACCCCAUUCUUUUUUUUUUGGAUAUAAAGUGCCUCCAUUUUUCUGCAAAUGGGUUUCCGCUUGGUGCCUUUGUGCCCUCAAGACUAAUAAAUGGCUGCUGGGCAUCGCUACAGCAACUCAUUUCGUAGGAGAUGAAUCAUGCCUUAAGCUCCGCUGGUCAGCAGAUCCCAUCUGCAUCACUUCUAAGAAUCUCCGUGUUAUUUUUUAAAUAUAUGCACAUAGAUUAUGCACAAAUGUAAAUAAUUUAUUUAGUAAAUAAUUUAUGUAGAAUUUGAUGAUGUAUGUGUUAUGUUUUUUACCUGGGAUCAGAAAAAAGUAUUUUAUACCACUUCAGUUAAUUAAUGUAGAACCAUUCAUAAUGGACACUAAUCACUGAGGCCUCAAAUUACAGUCAGUAUAAAGUCAGUAGAAGGAAGGAAGGAAGGAAGGAAGGAAGUGGAAAGACAAAUCAGUAAUUGAAAGAGGUAGUAUGAGAAGAGAAUGCAGAAUGAUUAGUAGAGGAGCAUCAAUUGAUCAAAACACACUUAUGGGGUCUGCAUAUUCUCUCCGUGUCCAUGAGGCUUCUUCUCAUGCUGCUUUGCUUUUCCUCCAACAUACGAAAACAAGCCUGAUGUGUGUGAGGGUGCCCUCCUGUUCCUGGGUUGCUGCCAAGUCCGUGCUCAGGAGAACGUGGGGUGGUCAGACUGUUCACUCGGCCAUCUAUUUUCUAGUUGCAGGGGUAGCAGUCUAAGCAAAGAUGCCCAGACGUCUCUUCUCCCCGUCAUCUCCUUCAUCUUCUUCAUUAGGAGGAUACCUAGGCAUUCCCAGGCCAGUGUGUUCUGGAUGUGCCCCCCCAGGUCUUCUCCCGGGUUGCACACACCUGAAACACCUCAACAGGGUGGCAUCCUAAUCAGAUGCCUGAAACACCCUCAACUGUCUCCUUUCGAUGUGGAGAAAUAGCGGCUCUACUUUGAGCUCUCCCCAAAUGUCUUCGCCCAUCAUCCAAUCUCUAAGGCUGAAACCAGACACCCCAAGAAUGAAGUUAAUUUCCACCGCUUCUAUCUGUGAUCAAGUACCCAAAACUUGUGGCCAUAGGUGAGGGUGAAAACGUUAAGGCGAUUGGUAAAUUGAGAGCUUUGCCUUUUGGCUGAGCUAACGGAUACGACAUGGACAGACUGAAUGUACUUAUUUAGUAGACCAUUAUUUAAGUCAGUAAUAGGUCCUGACUUCCCAUGAGCUAGUAACAAAUGGAUUAAUUGAUUAUUUAAGAUUUCAGUGCGCCAGUAACUGUACCCAGAGAUCGAAUGGCAUCCCCGUUCCUGUCUUGCCUCAGAUGCUGCAAUGAUAGGAUCUGUCUCCUCGCAAUUCAGAAAAUGAAAAGCAUGAGUGGAAA